GAGAACCUGACUAAUCUUGAGCGUCAAAUUUAUCUGUUCGAGGGUAGUUAUCUGGAUGAUACUGCUCCCUAUGGAAAUAUAAUAAAGGGUUGGGAUCGGUAUUUGCUCACAUCGUCCUCAGGAAGUGCCUUCAGCGCCGCUGCUGGAGCUAACGGCACUGGAGACAAGAGGGUUCGCAAAUUUCGAGAUUCAGACCGUCUAUUUUCCCGAUCUUCUGUAACCUCAAUGGUCUCUUCUGUCAACACCCAUUCCUAUUGCGAAUCUGACAAGAAUGACACCUCAAUUCCUAAUGAAACGUUUGUUGACAGUCAACGCUUUGAGGAUAAUCUCGGUGAAAACGACUCAAAAGUUUAUUCAGGUGGACCAAGCGGCAAAAAGAAGAGGAGACAUCGUUAA